AUGUCGUCGAGCUCUCCUUUUAGACACCCCUGGUGGGCUGCCUUUGGGCUUUAUGUGAACACAGCUCGUUACCGUGACGAAUGGCUCAUUGUCGGACUCUCAAACACAAUCAGGCAGAAACCAGAUUGGGAGAAAAAGUGUAAGGAUCAAGAGAUCGUGAAAAAAUGGGAAGCAGAGUUUUUGGCCCAGAGACCAGAGACAAAAUACCCAAAAGAGGUUUUUGAGUAUGUGAUUCGGGAAUUGAAGUGGUACGAUGAAUUGCAGUCGCUUCCUGAGAUCGCUGCUGGAAAGUUCAAGAUAGCUGCCGACGAUAAGAUCUUGUAUAGUGAUGGAGCUAUCGCAGACAAUAUUGUGAAAAGCUUCAGCAAGGACGCCGCUUCGUUUGAGUCUGCAAUCACUAAGAAGGACUACCAUCCAGGCUCUGACGACUUGGUGGUGGAUUUAUUACACCCUUCUCUUUUCCACCUAGUCUACGGCAGAACAAAGGUAAUAAGCGGUGACAAGUUGGUGGCGGCUGAGUUUAAUGAGGAAAUAAAGACAGUCAAGAAAGGUGUCGCAGAAUACGGUGUAUCGAAGAGGUUUCAGUGGCUUCCAGCGCUCAUGAAGCUAGACAGCGAGACGAAGCACUUUGGCUUUGUUUCUUACAUCAACAACCUCCAUCCUAUAAAGAAUUCCUCUCUUUAUCAAUCAAUAGCUGAUAUUUUCAAUCAGGUGAUUCCCGGUUUGAACUUGUGCUUGUCCAGAUUUCAGUCCGAAGAAUAUGUGAAGAUACCCAUUCAGGAUUACUACGGAGAAGGUUAUGCGGAGUACAGUAAGACUUGCUACGAACUCAUUGAUAGAAAGGCUACUGAUGAGGAGUGGGAAGAAUGGGAGAAGGGAAAACGCCAAUUCUACAGGGAAGUCAUCCCAAAAUACGAAAAGGAUCCUGAAACUAAGCACAUUGAUCUUCGUGGCUUUGAAAACUUGAAGGUGAUCGUGAAAAUGGCAAACAUUGAGCUCACACCAGAGAAACCAGAGUAUAAAGGUGGCUCUUGGCACGUCGAAGGUACCAUUAACGAAGACAUCGUUGCCACGGUGAUAUAUUACUAUGAUAUGGAUAACGUGAAAGAUUCCAAACUCUCCUUCAAGUAUGCUUUUGACGACCCAGAUUACGAACAGGGUGAUGAGUUCUACUGCAAAGACAGAUUUGGAAUCGAAGAUGGAGAUCCCAUGACUAGGUACAUUGGAAGCGUCGAAGCAAAGAAAGGGAGAGUUGUGAUCUUCCCCAAUAGCUUUCAGCACCACGUCGAUGCGUUCAAAUUAGAAGAUCCCAGCAAACCAGGAUUUAGAAAAAUUUUGUGUUUCUUCUUGGUCGAUCCAUAUAAUUCAUUGGUGAAGGCAACCGAUGUUGUUCCACCACAAAAUGAAACAUGGGUCAACGACAAGGAGCUUAUGAAAAAGUUCUUCCCCCAGGUUAACGCAAAAGAUCUUGCCACAAUGACCGAGCAAGAAGCUAAGGAGUUUAGGCUGCAGUUGAUGGAAGAACGUUCAGCAAUGGUAAAUGAAGAGGACGAUUUUGACAAUGCCUACAGCAGAACCUUCUCCCUUUGCGAGCACUAA